AUGCCAAAUGCGGCGCGUGCUGCCGUGCUGUUGCUGGCGCUCGCGCGGACGACGAUGAGCGUCGGGAGGCUACUUUCUCCUAGCCCAUCGCCUUGCUCCUCCGUGUCUUCCAGCUCGAAGUGGGUCUCUUCAUGUCCCAGCACGGCAAAAUAUUCAGCUGGUGCUCUCUUGGGCUGGACUGAUGGUCUGGUCAAGCGCACGAGAGGAGGAUAUGGAGGAUCAAAGACUAGGACCGAUCAGGUCGAGCAACAGCUAGAGGAAGUACAACAAGAGAUCAAAGAAGUACAACAAAAGAUGAAGGAGGUACAACGAGAUAUCAAACAGGUAGCUCCAGGCGUACAACGAGAGAUCAAGAAGGUACAACGAGAGAUGAAGGAGGUGCUGAAAAAUAUCGAUCACGAACAGGACUCAAUGAUGAAGGCGGUCCAUGUCAAGGUAUAUGAAAGGCUUGGAGACAGAGUGAAGCAGCUUGGAGACAGAGUGAAGCAGCUUGGAGACAGAGAGAAACACCUUGGAGAGCGAGAGAUACAGCUUGGAGAUAGGUUGAAGGAGCUUAACAAAGAAAGGCUUCAUCUCCAGAGACAGAGCGGGGUAUCUAGUAAGCCUAGGGUUAUUUGGAUCGAGUCAGAGGCAGGACUGGACCGGAUAGGCUUUUGCCAUGGCAAGAAGUACUUUCGUCUCGAUGCAUCAUACUUGCAAGGAGACGGAGAGAUACUCCUUUACUGCCGGGAAUCCUUCCACGUGCAGCAGCGUUUCUUGAAAGACAAGGUAGUGGACAAUCGGGCAUUGGGCUGGAUUCAAGGUCCCCCGGGGACUGGGAAGACGACGACGACGCUAGCCUUCUGUUUAUCGCUUUGCAUGAAGAAGUGGAGCAUAACUUUCUUCCAGCUCGAUUCAGUUGACUUGAUUGAGUGCAUUCAGAUCGUAGGCAGUAAGAGAAGGUCGUGCACGAUACCAGUGGAAUGCACGCUGAAAUGGACCAAUGAAAUACUACAAGAAUGGCCGGACAGCGAGAAGCGUCUUGUCAUCAUCGACGGCUACUUGAGGCACGAAUCACAUCAUGUCCACUGCUAUCGAGCGUGUACGAGAUGGCUCCUAGGUGAUAGAGAGAAUCGGCGGGUAGUAGUUGUGACGUCGAUGUCAUGUGGGGGAAAGGUACGGGAUAAGCACGAAAACGUCGUAAAUCUGAGGCGGCACACCGUUGUAUCAUGGACGGCUGGUGAGUACCUGGAUGCAGUGAAGUGUGACGAUUUUUACAUGAGAGUUAAGCCCAUGCUAUCGUUGCAUGACAGUGCAGUGCACAAUGGUAUGAGGAUACAGAAGCGGAAUGGUACGAAAGAAGAGCAGAUUAUGUCGAAGUAUUACCUGGCUGGUGGCUCGUGUCGGUACAUGUUUGAGAAGACAGCAGCGGUGGUGGUUGAGAGGCUGGAAGUGGCUAUUUCAUCAUGUCGAAACCUAGAACUUCUGUUCCAGGGUAACGUCGGCGACUCUUCGCCGCAUGCUGUAAAUCACUUGACUGCGAGGUACAUGCAUGACGGACAAGCGUGCUGGAUGCCUGUCAGCAAGUACGUCGCCACGAGGCUUGCGGACGAAGCGAAAGUGGACGUUUUGAAGAGGCUGUUGGAUGGGGAGUGCAAUCCGAGCUUGCGGGGCUACCUUUUCGAGCUUUUAUUCUUCAAGAAGGUGAAGCAAGGGCUGACCCUGACCUAUCGCAAGCACGAGUCACGAUGGGAAGGAUGUCCAGUGUUUCUGUUGGACACGAUGGGAGUCAUAAAUGAUCUUCUUAAAGAUAGAACAUGCUUGAAACCAAUUAGCGUGUUUCAACCAGGCUUUGAUGCUAUCAUUGUGGACGUGCGUGCGAAGUUGGUCGAGUUUGUGAUGGUGACAGUUUCAUCAUCGCACUCAUUCAAGCUCUCUCCCUUGGCAAAAGCUCUCAAGAAGCUCAACAUUCCAACCAAGGGAUGGAAAGUCAAAGUAGUGUUCAUCGUCCCGCCAGAAAGGCUUCAGGAUUUUCGGAUCGACCCAAUCAAACACUGCGGAGCGCUAAAGGAGUACGGAUGGAAGAAGGGGCAGGAGGGGAAGCAGGCAGAUGUAGCGAGCAUUGAUAUCUUGUGA